UCUCAUAGAGGUUAUGUUUAUUUGUUAUCGGCGCUCUUAACUGAAAUUAACGUUGAAUGUGCUUUAUUUUAACUAUUCUUUAAGGGAAAGUUGAAAAAAACGCGAAAAUUCGCCAGGUUUAAAAUACAUGAGCACCGCACAAGUAGCACUAAAAUUUACAGUUGUUGCUGUUGAAACCUAACCCUAGGUGCAUACUCAAGAAGCACGUUUUCAGGGCUCAGGGCUACAUUUAGGCAAAUAUGUCUACGUGUGCUCCGCCCCGGCACAUUGAGGCCGCAAGCGUUAAAUUCUCUGUACUCACUGAAGAGGACGUGAAGAAAAUAAGCGUUUUUCAAAUUGUGACUCCUCUAACUUUGGAUUCCUUGGGCCACCCUGUAGUAGGGGGGCUGUACGACAACAGAUUGGGACCCUCAACAGACAGAAACCAGCCGUGUGGCACUUGCAGCAAAAACAGCACCUUAUGUCCCGGGCAUUUUGCCUAUAUCGAUUUACCGGUGCCCUGUGUGAACCCCCUUUUCCAUAAGGUGGUCGGCACUAUUUUGAAGCUAUCGUGCUUGAGCUGCCAUCAAAUGCAAUUAUCUAAAGAAAGCCGCGCAAAAAUUGAGAACCUAAAACAAACAGAGCACAGUGACUGGGACCUGAUUCAGAUGGAAAUUGUUAAAAUAAUUCUAGAUGAAGCAAAGGCCGGCACGUUUUGUAUGCAUUGCAAGACCCCUUUGAAUAAAAUUCAAGUACUGGCCAAAAGAAUUCUAAUGAUUUGCAGGAAAAAUGACAGCCAAGCCGAUGGAUCCAGAUUGAAAAUCAAGGAAAUGGAAUCCAAAUAUAUUAAUCCAUCGCAGUCGCAAUGUUUCCUAAGGGACAUAUGGGACGCCGAAGAAGAUUUGAUCAAAUACAUGGUCCCUAUUUUAAACGAUGUUAAGCUUCCUCAUCCCACCGAUGUCUUUUUCUACAAGGUUGUUCUUGUUCCGCCACCCAAUGUCCGACCGCUCAACUAUCUAAAUGGCAAAGUGAUUGAAAACACACAAACCAAUAUGUACAAGGACCUGGUAACCAAUGCCCUAGUAAUGAAUCAUUUGAUUCGAGUCGUCCAGAAAAAAGGAAAUUUGGGCGUUUUGGACUCCAAAGAAUCCAUGGAGUUUUAUUUGGCUGCCCGAGGCAGCACGCCAGUUGAAAAACUGAACAACUGUUGGGAAGAUUUGCAAGGGAAUGUUAAUGACCUGUUGUCGAAGGAAUCAAGGAACAAUAAAGGAGGAAUGGGUCUAAAACAGAUCAUCGAAAAAAAACAAGGGAUCAUUAGACAGCACAUGAUGGGGAAACGUGUUAACUUCGCAGCAAGAUCAGUUAUCACACCAGAUCCCAAUUUGGAUGUCAGUGAAGUCGGUGUUCCCGAAGUAUUUGCGAAAAAAUUAACUUGUCCUGUACCUGUUACGCCAUGGAAUGUUGAACAUUUGCGACAACUAGUGAAGAACGGUCCUGAUGUGCACCCAGGCGCCGUUUUGGUUGAAAUGGAGGAUGGAAGCAUUACCAAGAUCAAUCCGCUGAACAAAGUUCAACAAGACGGCUUGUUGAAGAUGCUUCUUACACCUCACCAUUCAAGUAGGCCUGGUUUUCAAGGCAUCAAAAUAGUCCAUCGGCAUUUACAAAACGGCGAUGUUUUGUUACUAAACAGGCAGCCUACGUUGCACAAACCCUCAAUCAUGGCUCACCGAGCCCGGAUUUUAAAAGGGGAGAAAACUUUGAGGCUGCAUUAUGCAAAUUGCAAGGCGUAUAAUGCUGAUUUUGACGGCGACGAAAUGAAUGCCCACUUUCCACAAGACGAAGUCGCUCGUAGCGAAGGAUACAACCUUGUUGAGGUGGCUCAACAGUAUCUUGUACCUAAGGACGGAACACCGCUAAGUGGCCUAAUUCAAGAUCACAUGAUUGCUGGGGUCAAACUCUCAUUACGGGGCAGAUUCUUCAACAGAUCUGAUUAUCAUCAGCUAGUUUUCCAGGCCCUUUCCCAUAAAACCGAGAGAAUUGAUCUCCUACCGCCAGCUAUAAUAAAACCUUUGCAACUAUGGUCGGGAAAACAAAUUUUGUCCACGGUGAUCAUAAAUAUUCUACCAAAAGGCAAAGUGCCCAUUAAUUUGAAAGCGGGAACAAAAAUUUCCGCAAACGCUUGGCAAAAAUAUCCUCCCAGGAAAUGGAAAGCCGGUGGAAGCCCAUUUGAGAAACCGAACGAAAUGAGUGAGGCAGAAGUGAUUAUUCGCAAAGGAGAACUAUUGUGUGGAAUUCUAGAUAAGACUCACUAUGGCGCAACCGCUUACGGGUUGAUCCAUUGCAUUUACGAAUUAUACUGCGGAACUUAUGCUAUAAGGCUGCUCAGUUCUUUAGCCAAGUUAUUUACUAGCUUUCUUCAACUGGAGGGUUUUACUUUGGGUGUUCAUGAUAUAUUAACGGUAAGAAAGGCAGAUCGAAAGAGAAAAAAAAUAAUUGAAGAAUCCAGACGAAUUGGGAAAGAUGUAGUUUCAAAAGCGCUGGGCAUCUCAGCAGAUGCCAGCUUGGAAGAAAUGACUUUAAGAAUUGAAGAACAGUGCGCACUAGAUCCCAAAUUUAGACAAAUAAUCGAUCGGGCAUAUAAAAGCAGUCUGGACUCAUAUACAAACGCGAUAAACAAAUGUUGCCUUCCGGCUGGUUUACAGUGCAAGUUUCCUGAAAAUAAUCUACAGUUAAUGGUUCAGUCAGGUGCGAAGGGUUCCACGGUUAACACCAUGCAGAUUUCCUGUCUUUUGGGGCAAAUUGAGCUGGAAGGAAAGCGUCCACCGGUUAUGAUUUCUGGAAAGAGCCUACCAAGCUUUCCAGUCUUCGAAUUUUCUCCACGGGCUGGCGGAUUUAUCGAUGGCCGUUUUAUGACCGGUAUUCAGCCGCAGGAAUUUUUCUUUCACUGCAUGGCAGGCAGGGAAGGGCUUAUCGAUACUGCUGUAAAAACCAGUCGAAGUGGUUACUUGCAACGAUGCCUUAUUAAGCACUUGGAAGGUCUUCAUGUUGGAUAUGAUUUGACUGUAAGGAAUAGUGAUCAGAAAGUAGUGCAGUUUCUCUACGGCGAAGAUGGACUUGAUAUAAGCAAAGCUCAAUUUUUCAAUGAAAAACGCCUGCAAUUUUUAAGCGAUAACGAGAAAUGUAUUGUACAAAAGGACAUUUUGAAGCAGUUGACCAGCGAUGAGAAUCAGCAGUUGGUGGAAGAGCACAAAGUAAAGCUUAAUUACUGGACAAUUAAUAAUGGAUCACCAUUAGAAAAACGGCGAAUGUCCGCUUUUAACCAUUUCGCUUCCGAAUGUUCCAAGCAAUUUGGGAAAAUUUUGAAGUACAAGAAAGUGGUAAAAAUGUGGAGAGAAGCCUCUGAUGAUUUAAAAGAUUCGCUCAAAACAGCAUUAAUUUGUCCAGAUCCUGUAAACACUGUAUUCCAACCCGACCAUCACUAUGGAGUAUUGAAUGAACGAUUGGAUUCUUUAAUGACUAGUUUUACAGAAGCGAAGAACAGUAAAAAUACAAAACGGUUUCAGAAAAUGUUUAAACUGAAAGUGAUGCAGAGCUUGUGCGCCCCUGGCGAACCUGUUGGAUUACUUGCUGCUCAGUCGAUUGGAGAACCAUCAACCCAAAUGACACUGAACACCUUCCACUUUGCCGGCAGAGGUGAAAUGAAUGUAACUUUGGGUAUUCCGCGUCUCAGAGAAAUUUUAAUGAUGGCUUCAAAAAACAUAAAAACUCCGUCUAUGGAAAUUCCGUUUCAACCCGUGUUUAACUUGGAAGUGCGAGCUAAAGACCUGAGAAAAAUCCUCACCAGAGUCGUGCUCGCCGAUGUUUUGGAGAGGGUCGAUGUCACGGUUAAGUUAGUGAUACACCCAAUAAGGAAACAUCAGUACACAUUAGCUUUUCACAUCCUUCCGCCAAACUGCUAUGAUGAAGAAUACAAGGCUUCAACAAAAUCCAUACUAAAGCAUAUAAAGAAAGUGUUUUUUAAGGCGUUGUUUGUAAGCAUUGGCAAAGUGUCGAAAAUUAAAUCGAAUUUGGUUACCAUGGAAAAUGACCCAAAAGUUAACUUAGGUGGAGAUAAUGAGAGCGAUGAUGAAGGACCAAGAACAAAAGGCAAGAAAACAAAUGCAGCUGGAAAUGAAGAAGACAGUUCUGAUGAUGAGUUGGAAGAUGAUGAAAAUGCGAAGCUAGCGUCUAAACAUGCCGAGAGGAACGAGGAUCAAGAACCAGAGGACGAAGACGAGCGAAGAUACGCAGCAAGUGAUGAAGAAGGUGACGACGCGGAUAAUAACCCGUCGACAGAAUCGGCAGUAGCUGGCGACUCUGUAGUUGAAAAUUACUCGUUUGCUGAGGGCUACAAAGAAGACAGAAAGCGCUGUUUUUGUGAACUCACAUUCAGCUUACCCAUGAGCUACAAAAAGCUCGACUUGACGGCUAUUCUGCGAGAUGUGGCAAGCAAGAGUGUGGUUUGGGAAACCCCCAACAUUAAACGCGCCUUCAGCUACAUGAAAGACCAAGAGUAUAUUCUCAAAACGGAUGGCAUUAAUGUGGCCGAGAUGUUCAAGUAUCAUGAUCUACUUCAAUUGAACCGGCUUCACUGCAACGAUGUGCAUAAAAUGGCAGACACGUACGGCAUUGAAGCAGCAACAAAGAUCAUUGUUAAGGAGGUGAAAGAUGUGUUCAAUGUCUAUGGCAUCCAAGUAGAUCCUCGACAUUUAUCACUAAUAGCCGACUACAUGACCACCAAUGGAACCUACGAACCAAUGAGCCGCAAGGGAAUGGAAUCGAGUGCGUCUCCGCUACAGCAAAUGUCUUUUGAAUCUUCGUCGCAAUUUCUGAAAGCAGCGACAAUCAAAGGUCGGACGGACAAUCUUCAAAACCCUUCCAGCAGUCUGAUGCUUGGAAAACCUAACAAAAUUGGAACAGGGCUGUUUGACCUUGUUCAAAAACUUCCUGCUCUUCAUGUUUAAACGUUGUUUCAUUUGGCUUUUUCGAAUAAUGUUUUGUUAUUUGCCUUUUCUAAAUGAAAAAAUAUAUGUAUGUACAUAAAA